UUUUUUUUCCCUUUCUCUCUUUUCCUUUUCUUUAACUAUUUCUUACAUUUAUUUUCUACUUUCUUCUUUUUUUUUAAUUUAUAUAUAAAAAAAGAAGAAAAGAAAAGUUCAAUAAUAAAACACCCCUCUUUAUUUCUAAACACUUGUCAGCUUCUUUUUUUUUUUAAAUUUUAUUUUAAUAUUCAAAAUGGAGAUUGCUUUAUUACAAGCUAAAAAAUCCUGCCCAUUUAUUCACGUGGCUUCUGCAUCCUCUCUCCGUCAACUUACUACUGCGGGUACCAGUCGAUCUGCAAAUCCUUUAAUGUUAAAGGCUAAACAAUGUCCUGUUAUGAGUAAGGCUAUUCAACGUCGAUCUCUUUCAACUACUCAAACUGUAUCCCAAAAUCCUUCAAAGCCUUUAAGAGCAACUGCUGUGAACAACCAUAGCCAGGGACCCAUCUCCGCUAUUCCUGUUUCACAUCAGACAAAAAAACAUUUUGACUAUGAAAGCUUUUACCAAGAGGAAUUGGAUAAGAAACAUAGAGACAAAAGUUACCGUUACUUUAAUAAUAUCAAUCGUUUAGCUCAAAAGUUCCCUCGCGCUCAUACUGCUCGUGUUACGGAUGAGGUUACUGUUUGGUGUGCAAAUGAUUAUUUAGAUAGAUAUGGUGCUGGUGCUGGUGGUACUCGUAAUAUCGCAGGAAAUGCUGAUCUUCAUUUGCGUCUUGAGUCUGAACUAGCUGAUCUUCAUCAUACAGAAGGAGCACUUGUGUUCUCUUCUUGUUAUGUAGCUAAUGAUGCUACUCUCUCUACACUUGCUUCUAAAUUACCUGGAUGUGUUAUUUUCUCUGAUGCAUUAAAUCAUGCUUCUAUGAUCCAGGGAAUUCGUCAUUCUGGUGCAGCCAAGAAAAUUUUCCGCCAUAAUGAUAUGGCUCAUCUUGAAGAUCUAUUACAGUCUGUCGAUCCUAGUGUCCCAAAAAUUAUUGCUUUUGAAUCUGUUUACUCUAUGUGUGGUUCUAUUGGUCCCAUUCGCGAGAUUGUUAAUUUAGCGAAAAAAUAUGGUGCUAUUACCUUUUUAGAUGAAGUACACGCCGUUGGUAUGUAUGGUCCUCGUGGCGCUGGUGUAGCUGAACAUCUUGAUUAUGACUUGAAUGCUACAAAUCCUACAAUGGGUAAUGGUAGUAUUUUAGAUGAAAUUGAUAUCUUUACUGGCACCUUAGGUAAAGCUUACGGUGUUGUUGGUGGUUAUAUUGCUGGUUCCGCUUCUUUGGUUGACAUGAUUCGUUCUUAUGCACCUGGUUUUAUCUUUACCACUUCACUUCCACCUGCUGUUGUUUCAGGUGCUAUGGAGUCUGUCAAAUACCUUAAAAAUUCCAGUGUUGAACGUCAUAUGCAACAAUUGAAUACACGUACUGUUAAGGCUCGUUUAAGUGACAUUGGUAUUCCUGUUAUUCCUAAUCCUUCACAUAUCGUUCCUGUCCUUUUGGGUGAUGCUGAGGCUGCAAAGUUAGCCUCUGAUGAACUCUUAUCAGAACAUGAUAUUUAUGUUCAAAGCAUUAAUUAUCCUACAGUUCCUGUAGGUGAGGAACGUCUUCGUAUCACUCCUACUCCCGGUCAUACUAGUCCCAUGAUUGAUGAACUUGUUUAUUCUCUGGAUAAAAUUUGGUCUCGUUAUAAUUUCAAGCGUGUUGAAGAUUGGACUGCUCAAGGUGGUUGUGCUGGUGUAGGUGUUGAAAAUGCUAUUGAAUCUACUCCUAUGUGGACUGAUAAGCAGCUUGGUCUUGAUAAUAAAAUGAUUGAAAACGAGCAAAUUCCUUUUCUCAGUAAUUCAAUUUAUGUUAACAAUGUAAUGUAAUGUUUUACUAAAAAAAGGGGGGAGAGUUAAAUUUAGAUACAGAGUAACGGAAAACUCUCUCUUCAAUUAUGAUAACAAUAAUUAUUUGUGUAAAUAAACUCAGCAAUAAAGCUUGAGUUUGUAUUACUCUGUACUACUCUUGUAUAACUUUAUCUGACCAUGUUUGCAACUUUAUUUAUAAUAAAAAGAGAAGAAAAAGAAAAUUAUUAUUACAAG